AUGACAUGCACCAGUAAUGGCGUGGGCACUCAUGGCCCGAUCAGCACCACCCUGCCAGCAUCCUGGUACCGCGAAGAGGGCAUGUACGAAUUGGAGAAACGUGCGAUCUUUUCCAAACAAUGGCUCUGUGUCUCGCAUUCUCUUCGAUUCAGAGAGAUCGGGGAGUUCGUAAAUUUCGAGAUUGCCGGCUACAAAUUCUUCGUUAUCCGCGACCGACAAAAUGAACUCAAGGGUUUCUUGAAUAUUUGUCGACACCGAGCGUAUCCCGUGAUCGAGAAACAAAGUGGGCAGGGUGGAAAGGUUAGUGUUCUCGCGUGCAAAUAUCAUGGAUGGUCUUAUGGCUUUUCUGGCAACCUCGCAAAGGCUCCACGCUUUGAGACUGCAGAGAACUUUGACAAGUCUCAAUACUCGCUGUAUAGUGUCCAUGUGCGGACUGACAGACUCGGCUUUGUCUGGGUCAAUCUCGAUGCUGCCAAUCCACCAAACAUCCCUUGGGAAGAUCAUUUCGAGAGAGUUGACGAACAGCCACGCCAGAAAGACUUCUCCAUGGAUGACUUCACAUUUGACCACGCAUGGGAGAUGGAGGGGGAGUACAACUGGAAGGCCAUGGUGGACAACUACAACGAGUGUUACCACUGCACAACUGCACAUCCAGGCAUUCUGGCCACCACGAAGCUCGACACUUACGAUGUCAGGGGAAUUAAAGGCUGGAUAGAGCACUACUCAGAGCCAUUGGACAGUGUUGAGCACAAGUACGGGGUGCAGCCCACCUACUUCUUCCCCAAUGCUGCUAUAUUGAUAUCUGAUGGAAUAACAUAUCUCACGCGAUUCGCACCAAAAUCUGCAACGUCACUAAAGCUGGAAUAUGAGGUCUAUCGCCACAAAGACUGCUCCGAUCAAGACUUUGACACUAUGAACCCCUUCUUCAAACAGGUCGAAAAGGAAGAUCUCGAUCUCUGCAAUGCCGUACAGCGCAACUUGAACAUGGACACAUAUGUCAAGGGACCAUUACACCCGCACAAUGAAAAGGGUGUCAUCUACUUCAAGAACCUUGUGAGGGACGUGCUAUACAAGCAUGUGAAUGAAGAGGAACAAGCUGGGCGAAAGAUCUGCCCUGCCCGAAGGGAUGAUGACAACGAGGAAAUCGCGGCGGAAGAAGCAUUCUGUCGCCUUGCGUGUGAUGGCGUUGGAGCAAAAACUAUUCCACAAUGGUAG